GCCUGGAGCCCAGAGCAACCAAAAAUUGUUCCUGCUCCGGGCUCUGCUCCGGCUAAAAUUGCUCUGCUUCAAGUCCCUGAUGUGAAGCGUCCGUUGUGGGUCCAGCGGCGGGUGCAGAACGCGAAAGACGUGGAAGACAUUUUCCGUUCAGUGAAAAAGAUGCAUGCGAAGCCGACCGACUCUAAGAUCUUCCAGUUGCCCACUUCGAUGGGCAUGUUGACGCGGUUUAUUCUGAAGUACGAGUGCAAGAUGGAGACGUACACGUCGAUCGUGGAGUGCGACAUGGAGGUUGCCGAAUACGCUGCGAGGAAUAAUUGCCUUGGGAUCCUUGCCCAGGAUUCGGACUAUAUCGUGUUUGACUCUGCACCGUAUUACCUGUCCAGUCAGAAUUUGAAUGUCGAUACUCUGGAAACUGUCAAUUAUGACCGAGAUGCCUUUGCAUGGGCCCUCGGAUUAAAGGUCGACCAGUUGCCUCUCCUAGCUUCCUUACUCGGCAAUGACGUGAUCCAUUCCCACGACCUGUUGCUGUUUCACCGGAAAAUAUGCAAAGAUUCCAAGUUUGUCGGCAGACCGAGGAUUGAGGAUAUUGUCCCGAAAGUGAUUCACUUCAUGAAACCAUUCGAAGGCUCUGCGUAUUCUUUGUCGCAGUCCGUAUUGAAUUCCAUUUCGAAAAAUGUCUUCGGCGACACAUCUCGAGCCAAUUUGUUCCAGCAAAGUAUCUAUUCUUACGCCUUGUUUCAAGCUCCUCCACCGCCGAUUUUAGUCGACGAAGCUGCUUCGAUGAGUUUGAAGCACCCGACGGAAGACCUUUUGGAAGCAGUGGAAAAAGAGCAUAGAAAUUGUGCACUUAUCCCCUACAUGCACUCGGUUCUCGCCCCGCCGCGUACCUGGGAAUCGAGCAGUGCCCUGGAAGACUAUGCUUCGGAGCAGCCGUCAUCAGCCCUCAUUUAUCGACCCUUGCGACAGCGAAUAUACAGCAUCGUGUUGGCCGGGGUUGCAGAGCGAGAAGCGGAACAGGGCCGCGAAGCACGUCUUCAGGUGAUUGAAUGGUGCGUUUACAAGGGCAACAAGCUGGAGAAGCCGGAUGUGGUGGAUGUAGUGCCGAUGCCGGAAGGUACGAAACCGGCCGAGGUCCUGUGGUUGGAUGAGCGACCGGAAGUGAAGGAGUGGCGCUGGGAAACGUUUUGCACGUGUAUCUCGGCGAAGGUGACUCCGGAAAGGUGGCGGAAGGUGGAGCCCAAGUAUUUGAUGCUCGUUGCGGUGCUUCAUUUUCUUACCAAGGUUGGUGCAAUUUUUUUUUUCGCCCAAAAGAAGAGUCGGCGUAUUACCGCA